CGGCGUGGUGGAGCAGCAAGCGCAAAUACUCGUCGACACGAGGUUUAGUCCUACAUUCCAUAUGGGGAGAUCACGAUCCAGGUCAAGAUUUGAAUCACCUAACCGAAGGAGGAGGAGAGAAGAAUCACGGAGGAGAAGGUCACCAGCCAGAAGAGAACGAUCUCGGGAGCGAUCUAAUAAAGACACGAAGAAACGAGAGCAACACUGGUCCAAAUCUGCAUCAUCAACAUCAAGCCGACACAAACGAAGAAACACGUCUCGCGAUCGAGAGGAAAGGCGGUAUGAAUUUUCUUACAAUAAACCCGCACUUGACAAUAGGGCGUGGUUCACGGUUGAACUUCAUGAUGAGCUCUACGCACUACGUCGGGAGUUCGACAGGCUGAAGAAGUGGGUUGACAAACUAUCAUACGAGUUCAAUACAGAGAGUGAGCGACGCGCAGAUAUAGUCACAAACGAGAAACUCAAACAAGCAUUGAAUGCCACAGUACAGGAGGCGGCUACCACACUAGCUGGUAAGAAGGCGGGAGAAGGGAGUUCUCAACAAGCCAGCGGAGACAAGGUAAAGGUGAGUGACAACACGAAGGUGGCAACGAAGUUACAAACGCUAAAGAAGCAGUUUGAGGACGUGUGGAGUAUGAGGUAUGAUAUCGCUUCUCUGAAAGGUUCCCUUUCUAGUUUGAAGGCCCCAGCAAGGAGGGAGUUUGUCGCACCACGCCAAGUGAUGGCUAAUAGGAAGACGCCCAUCAAGAAGAUCACACUUAAGCCGAACGAGGCGGGUCCCAGUAAAGCACGAAAGAAGUCUCAACCAGGCAAGGAUCCAUGGAGAAGCGCAAGACACAUGUCUGCUAGACGCAGAAUUCUGCAAGGAAAGCAGAUCUCGGAAGAUAUGUUGAGCGCACUCCAGAUGGACGAUCUCAAACAGCUAUGUGCCAUGCAUAAUGUGCGCUACAGAGGUAUACAACAAGCGCAAGUUGCAUUAAGGAAGAUAUCUGGGCUUAUCGUGUCAGACACAGAGGACCUUCUGGACAAGAAUAAGACUGGGAGGAAGCGCAAGGAGGUCAACCAGACGACGAGCAAUCGGAGGAAUCCAGGACUGAAGAAGACGAAGAAAGCUCAUCGGACGAAGUUGAAGUCGAAUUCUCCAAAGGACCAUUGACAUCAAAGGAGGUUCAGCCAAGCACGCACUAGCAACCACGAUCUCAUUGCGCAAACUUA